UACCCUGUGAUAAUUAGAGGCAGGUCAGAGGUGUCGGAAUUUGGUGAUACAUGGAUAUCUGCGUACAAGCGACAGCCGUGACGAAUCGUUGGUAUGCAAGAUGGGUCAUCCUACUGCUAAAUAUUUUCCGGCAUAAUAUUCACAUGUAUUAAUCAUCAAUUCAAAUACUUAAAGAGUGCACACUUCACAUUUGUCCAUUUUACGUUAAGUUGGAAUACUGGCAUAAGGCAAGGUUAAGCUAUGCACCUCUUACUUUUCAUAAUAGGAUUCUCUGCCAUUUCUCUGGGCAAUGGCCAGCAACCACAACCAGUCCGAAAUCAGUGUAUGCGAGAAGUGGAACAACUCAGCGCCUCUUGUUUCCAGCGAUCAGGACUCUCUAUGCUUACCAUUGAUGCUGUGUUGACCAAUGGAACUAUAGCACCGCUACCUCCCAAUUCCAAUAUAAUGGACCUUAGGAAGACGUUAUGUGGAAUAAGAGCCCAAAUAAUACAGUGCAUAGUCCCAACAACUUUAAACAUGCGUGGAAAGCCACCAUGCACGGACAGCGCAGAGUUUAACUUCGCAGAAAAUCAAGUAGUCAGAAGAUUAACAGCGUUACAAAACGCUUGUGGUGCAGGUGUGAUGCCGCAGGCGAACUCCUGUAUGCGGAUGUUGGACAGAAACAUGCAGCAGUGCUACACUACCGCGGGACUCAGCCCCAGCAUGUUUGGUUCCAACGAGACGGAGAUCAAGGGCGCCAUCAUAGGAAAGGACAAAAAGGCGGCCGCCAAAUUCUGUGGAGUCCGUAGUACCUUAUUUUCGUGCAUGCGUAACGUGAUUGAAGGUUGUGAGGGAGCCAAUGAGUACAUGUUGUUGACUGGUUACGACCACGCCUCUAUGGAGGCCAGCAUCGACCUGCUCUGUGGAGACAUUGACGUGUACGUGGAAGGCCUGGUGUGUUUCCAGAAACCCAGCAUAGCUGUACAAAAAUGUCUGGACACCAUGUCCGCAAACAUGGUGGACCUAGCCGCUCGGCAAAUCCAGCAGAAUCUAGAUAUGGACGCUUUCUUCUCGGAGUACUGCAAAGUCCGGGUAGAGCAUUUGAGCUGUGACAUGGGUGCAUGGAAACAGUCUUGCAGUAAAGCAGGCGUGGGUCUGAAGAACGAGUUCGAAUGUACAAUGCUUCCUUCCACCUGCCAGAAAGACGUUACUCUGCAGACCGUACUCAAAGACAAUGUGUGUAAUACCACAGCUUUCUAUAAGGAGUUCCGUCAGCCGCCGGGUAGAGGGUCGGGAUCCACAUUUAGUCUGUCUACAGUGCUAGGAUCUCUAGUGACCUUAUUGUUUGUCAUGGUAUUUUCCUAACCUUAAUAAGAACUAGUCAAUUGCAUAAUAGGAUUUGAGUGCUUUAUUGUAUAUAUUUUUUCGUGAUUUUUUAAACAUUUUGAAUAUAUGAUUGUACAUAUUGGAAUAGUAUAGUAGUUUACUGUAAAAAGAAACCGUAAGAUGUCCCAAAAUUGAGGAUUUUGAGACUGGAAUUGUUCAAUGCCUGGGAAGAACCCAAGCAAUAUAUACAGCAAAAACCAAAUAGGUAAGGAAUCGAAUGAGUUCAUGUGCUUAUAGU